AUGCAGCACCGCCUGCUGAGCGCCGUGUACGUGGCCAGCCAGGUGGUGAAGGGCUUCGGCCGCGGCUCCAAGGAGCUCGGCUGCCCGACGGCCAACCUCGAGGAGGACGUCGUCCAGGGGCUGCUGACCACCCUCGACGACGGCAUCUACUACGGCUUCGCACAGCUCCUCCACCCGCUUGGCUCGGAGCUUGAAAAGGCUCAAGCAGAGCUGGCGAGCCGCCUCAAACAGCAGCAGCAACAACAACAACAACAAAACGGCGAGAAAUCGAACGAUCCUGCCCGAAACAUCGUCCUCCUCGAGCCCUGCCCGGCCAACCCGGUCUACCCGAUGCCGAGUCCAAGUGCAAUUACAGUACAAGUGGUUAUUCCAACACCGAAUUCGAAUUUUCAUUUACGAAAGCGAUCAUUGCGUCAAUGUCAAUGC